CAGGGCAGUGAAGACACAUACUUUCCUCUUCUACACCAAGCUGAAUAACUGACCUUAGCACCUUCUUGUGCUGCAGCUAUGGCUACUUCCUUCAUGCAGAGCUCUUCUUCUACCUAUGGUGGUGGCUUUGGGGGUGGUGGAAGCAGCAGCUCUCGCCUUUCCUCAGUCCGAACAGGAGGAACCUGCCGAGCUCCAAGCAUACAUGGGGGAUCUGGUGGCAGGGGUGUCUCCAUCUCUUCAGCUAGGUAUGUCUCCUCUGUAGGAGGUGGGUAUGGUGGUGGUUUGUGUUCUGGUUUUGGCAGUGGUUAUGGAGGAGGCUACUCUGGCUUUGGUGGUGGUGCAGCCUAUGGCUUUGGUGGAGGAGCUGGCUUUGGUGGAGGUUUUGAAGUUGGUGGUGGCUUUGGUGGUGGUGAUGGCCUUCUCUCUGGAAAUGAAAAGAUAACUAUGCAAAAUCUGAAUGACCGUCUGGCUUCGUACCUGGACAAGGUACGAGCACUGGAAGCGGCAAAUUCCGAUUUAGAAAUUAAAAUCCGAGACUGGUAUCAGAAGCAAGCUCCCACCAGCCCAGCCCGGGACUACAGUAAUUAUUACAAGAUAAUUGAAGAUCUCCGAGACAAGAUCCUUGCAGCUACGAUUGACAAUUCCAGAGUCAUUCUGGAGAUUGACAAUGCCAGGCUGGCUGCAGAUGACUUCAGACUGAAAUAUGAGAAUGAGUUGUUCCUGCGCCAGAGCGUAGAGUCUGACAUCAACGGCCUGCGCAGAGUCCUGGAUGAGCUGACUCUGUCCAGAGCUGACCUGGAGAUGCAGAUUGAAACACUGAAGGAGGAGCUGGCUUAUCUAAAGAAGAACCAUGAGGAGGAAAUGAAAGAGUAUUCAAAUCAGCUAAGUGGAACAGUCAACGUGGAAAUGGAUGCGGCUCCUGGCAUCGACCUGACCAGAAUUCUCUCCGAGAUGAGGGAACAGUAUGAAGCUCUGGCUGAGAAGAACCGUAAAGAUGCUGAGGCCUGGUUCUUCACUCAGACUGAUGAGCUGAACCGUGAAGUAGCCACCCAUACACAACAGAUACAGACCGGCAAAUCAGAGAUCACAGAACUGAGACGCACGCUCCAGGGCCUGGAGAUUGAGCUCCAGUCGCAGCUCAGCAUGAAAGCUGGACUGGAAGCCAGCCUGAGAGAUACAGAAGGACGAUACUGCGCACAGCUGGCACAGAUUCAGGCCCUCAUCACCAGUGUUGAGGAACAACUGAGUGAACUUCGAUGCGACAUGGAGCGUCAGAACCAGGAGUACAGAAUGCUCAUGGACAUCAAAAGUCGCCUGGAGCAGGAAAUCGCCACGUACCGCCAGUUGCUGGAGGGCCAGGACUCUCAGAUGUCAGGAGUGAACCCUAAGGAUGCACCUCUGAGCAGUGGAAGAGUUCGCAUGGGCAUGGAAGAUGGUGGAAAACCUGUUUCUACUCAUGAAAGGAGAUUCCAGUAAAGAAAUACUGAAUCCCUUCGUGCAUAUGACACCAUAUAAAACCAGUGCAGACUACACAUUCACUAAUGCUAGGAGAAAUAUCCUUUUACUUUCGCCAAAUCACAAGAAUGUAAUCCAAGAAUGUGCAACAGCUUGAUGUCUUUCCUUAAAUAUGCUCUCCCUUUUCACACAAUCAUUUGGCUCUAUGGGUCAGAGAUGGCAACCUUGUUUUCUGCCAGUAGCUAUAUAGUUUCCUUAUGAAAGAACCUACAUAAUAAAGUUUCUGUUCUGCUCGUGCAAAUAUGUCCAGUCUAAUGUUGUUUUUUUGAAGUCGGUAUGGCAUUGCCAUACACAUGACCAUACACCCGUCCUAACACAGUGCUUCCUAUAACCCAAAACA